AUGACCGGAUAUCAGACGGAGCGAAGCUCCUACGACGACGAGAUGUCUAGUGUAACGACGCCAACUUCAAGCAACGGCGACCAUGCGAUGGCAGGGGGAUAUGAAAAGGACGGGGUCCAUGGAUACGAACAGGCUGACCACCAGCUCGAGCCAAUGGAUCCCAACGAUGCGCCGAACGGAUCGCUUGCCGACCUAAAAGAUCCGAUCCAAGUACACUUGCUCACCGAAACUGCGCUCUCCGACAGCAAAGAAUAUGAAAUCCUAUCUCAAGAAGAGGUUGAUAAGCUGAAGAAACAGUGUCAGUUGCUGAGCCAGCGGGUAGAGUCCACGAGAUCCAACCUGGCCAUCCAAUCGAAAUAUCGAGAUGCGGCAGUGUCCAUGGCCAAGCUCUAUUCCGCCGGCAAAACCGAAGAAGAGCUUCUAGAUGACCCCCGAGCCAAGGAAGUCGAGCUGGAGAGGGAGACGACAGAGAGAAAAUGCGACGAAUUGUCGCGCGAGCUUUUCAACCUUGAGAAGAACCUCAUAGGGCCGCAGAGGCGUCUACUUCAGCAUACGGCCGGUAUCCUCCAGCUUACCCACAAGGCAUCCAAAAGGGCAGCGGCGCGAGCCCUGCAAAACAACAAUGAGGUCCCUGGCAGCCCCGAAAGCUUGUACACCUACUCUCAAAGCCGGGAUAGUAUGGCCCAAGUUGUAGAUGAAGACUACUUUGAAGACCCGAGCCUCUACCAGCUCGACUCCAUGCAAGGGCUGCAAACAGGGCAUCUAAAAUCGGCCAUUGAUAUACCUUUGAAAUCGCCUGUCCGAGAGCAGGCUACUCAUCUUCGCGGAGAAAUCGACAAAGCCAAGGAAGAAAAUGCACUGUUGGUGAAUCUUGUCGCCGAUAUGGAGCAAAAGUUGGAGAGUCUAAGUCUCUCGCUCCGAGAAACUAUUGUCAAGUUCAACCCCGAAGUGAACGGCGACUACCUUGACCCUCCCAGAGACUCACCCGCUGGUGAUUCAAAGCCUGGAGAUAUGCUCAGGAGGCAGAUUGACUACCUUGAGAGUGGCCUUGUCGCUGUACAAGCAGAACAGGAAUCCUUCAUCAGCGGUGGCGGAAACAACAGCAGCAGCGGCAAUAACUACCUCCUAGACGAUGGUGCCGAGCGGAUUGAGGCCGUCUUGGUGGGUCUUUGGAAUAGAAUGCAAUCUGGGUUUGCCGCAAAGAAGCAGCAAAACGAGGAGCGCCGAAGACAACGGGCAGAAAAGGGGUUGGUUGAUGAUGAUGACACAUCUGAUGAUGACGCGUUUGACGCAGACGAGACUUACAACCUGAUUGCGUUCGAAUCCAAGGUUGAAUGGCUCUACUCUCGAGCCUCGACGUUGAAGGACCAAAAGUCUGUGCUCAAGAGACAGAUCAAACAGCAGCGUGAGCUCAACAACAAGACCGACGCCGAAAAAGAUGAGGAGAUUGAGCGAAGGCAGGAGGAGCUGGACCAGACACGCUUCUUGCUUGAACGGGCUGAAAAGGACGCCAUGGACGCUCAGACUAUGUUGGCCGAUGCUCUACAGGAUCUUGAAAAGGCCCAGGGAUCAUCAUCUGGCAUCAGCGAAGAGGAGUUACACAAGCAUACUGUCAAGAUGGGAUCCCUGGAAGCCGAGCUUGCUACGCUACACGCACGGAUCGAAUCCCACGAAGCCGCAAUCGAGGAGCGAGACGCAAAAUUAGAAGCCCUAGAUUCCGAGGUCGAAGAAAGCAAUGCAAGGGCAGAGUCCCUUGAGGCCGAGACCCAAGCGCACAAAGCCCAGGUCGAUUCUCUCGAGGGAGAAAUCCAGGCUCGUAAUGAUCGCAUCGAGGCUCUCGAGGCGGAAAUUCAUACGCGCAGCGCUCGAGCAGAAUCCCUAGAGGCUGAAGUCCUCGCGCAUGGCGUCCGGGUCGAGUCGCUGGAGAGCGAAAUCCAAGCACGCAGCGCUCACAUCGAAUCUUUGGAGGAUAAGAUACAAGGCCACAAUUCAAACAUUGGAUCUCUCGAGGCAGAGAUCCAGUCACGAGACGCGCAAAUCCGAUCUCUGGGGGCUGACCUUGACGCGCACAACGAAAGAGGUGGAUCGUAUGAGGCCCAGAUUGCUGCGCUGGAGGCUGAGAAUAAGAAAUUCCUCGAGCUGAGCUCACAGCUUGAUGGUGCCUCCAAGGAGAAGGCAGCAGCCGAAGAAAUGGCCAGAGCCCUUCAGCAAGAGGUGGAGAUUAUCAAGGCAAGCUACACGGACAAGGAGAAGGAAAUUGCUCAAAAGGAUGCGGACCUGGAGCAGCUCAAUAUGACACUGGUGGAAAUCAAGACGGAGCUCACGUUUGCCAGGGCGGAGCUGGACGGCGCAUAUGGUAGUCGCGCCGAGCGUGCGGCCGAUGCAGCGGCUCUGAGCAACCAGGAAGAAGUCGUCAGGCUGACAGGCCAGGUAGAAAGACUCAAGAAGGAGUUGGCGGGAACUGUACAAGACCUGGAGGCGAUUACCAAGGAGACAAUCGGAGCGGAGCGCGAGAAGAUUGACCUUGAGCAAAAGGUCGACGAGGCAAUCUCUGCCAAGGCCACCUUGGAAGCGGAUCUGGAGAAGUCUCGACAUCUGAUUGCUAGGCUGCAGGAGGACCUCGACAGCGAACGGUUCAGGGUGGGCGUUUCCCAGGGAGGCAUAACAAAGGUUGGUGCCGGAGCAGCUCUGCUCAGCGAGCAGUUCAGGACAUCGAUGAGAGAGGAACGGAAGAGGUUCCACGAGGAUAUCAAGGAGGAACGCGCCAAGUACCGAAAGCUAGAAGAGGAGUACAUUCGGUUGAGGAAGAGCCAAGCAGCAAGCAAUGCUCCUCCAAGCCCACGAUAA